CACUCGUUUUUUAUCGGUUCAACCGCGUUUCUGAAAAUAAAAUUCGCAGGAGAAAGAAGAAAAAAAAUUCAAUCCGAAGAAUCUUCAAUUAGUAACGUUCUAAUUUAGACAAGUCAACAGAGCAAGCUGCUAUACAUUUGAUUCACAGGGCGCUUGGUACUCCAGCUGGACAUUGGAACUAUAGUCGCAAUCAACGCCUAGCUACGCCUGAACACUAUCAGCGUCUCAUUAACAAUAGAUCAAAGAAGUGACACGGAUCCCAUUUUGAUCCCGGUUACACAUUGUUCUAGUCAGAGAGUGGUAAAGAGAUAUUUGAUCUAGUUCAAUCCAUAUUCACACAAUAGACAAACAAGAACUGUUCAUCAUCAACUUGCUCGCCAAUUGGCUAUUUCUAUCCGCAAGCGUAUUAUUUUAUUGAAGAGAUUGUUGGUGCUAUCGCUGUCCCCUAAAUAUUCACGUUUUCAACAAUGGCCCAUCCUCAAGGCCAUGAGGACCUCGAUCCAAAUACAUCACCAACAAGCCCUUUUAAUGACAACAGAUCACCUACAAGUCCUUUCAAUGACCAGAACCAAUUCCAGGAUAUAAACCUCAAUAACGAUGCAUCAAAUUCUUCAUUAGAUUUACCCAAAAGAUCAUCUGGUUCAAUUUUGAGAACAGGUUCUUCAAAGAGAAGAAACAAUAAUGCAAGAAUCGUCUUUAGUGACCACGAUACAACCAUCAAUGAAGAUGAUAGCAAACUGGAGGACAGUAAUGAGUUGACAAAAUCAUUAUCCACUGAAUCUUAUUCAAAUACUCCUAAGCUACAAACUCAUCCAAGGUUUGAAGAUACUAAUGAAGACUCUGUAAUAGAUGCUUCUGAUAUCAAUAGAAAGGACUCGGUGAUGAAAAGACAUCGUUGGGGUACUCAAAGGAACAAGAAGGGAAAACCAACAGUUGGAAGAGCUAAAACUUUAAGAUGGAAAUCAAGACAUGAAAAACCCAAUCAUGAUGAUCCUAAUAAUAAUGAUGAUUCAGACAGUGAUGAAGAUAAAACCAAAAACAGAGCCAAUGAAUUCCGUUCUGUGUAUCACAAUAUGCCAUUACCUCAAGAAAUGGUUAAUGAAAACAAUGAGCCUUUAGCACAAUAUCCAAGAAAUAAAAUAAGAACAACAAGAUAUACACCUUUGUCAUUUCUGCCAAAAAAUUUAAUAUUCCAGUUUAAAAACAUUGCAAAUAUUUAUUUCCUUAUAAUGAUUGUCAUGGGAUUUUUUAAUAUUUUUGGUGUGCCAAAUCCUGGUUUAUCAAUGGUGCCGUUGAUUGUCAUUGUCAUUAUAACUGCUAUUAAAGAUGCAGUGGAAGAUUCAAGACGUACAGGUCUAGAUAUGGAAGUCAAUAACACACCAACACAUAUUUUGAGUGGUAUUCCAAAUCAUAACACUUCUGAAGACAAUGUUUCAUUAUGGAGAAGAUUCAAAAAAUUAAACUCAAGAAUGAUAAUGAAAUUUUUCAAAUACAUGGAUGAACAUUUAACAAAAGAAGGGAAAGAAAAGGCAAGAUUAUCCAAAUUAGCUAAAGAAUCAAUGAAUAUGAGAAAAUCAUUUGACAGUUUUGAGGAUAAUAGAAAAUCUUUCCAAAUGGAUGAUUUACAAAGACAAAGUUUUGAAAACCCAUUCAAUGAUAAUUAUGAAAUUUCACAAGAUGAAUCAGUGAUAGAUAAAAACAUAAUACUUCCAACAGCUUCACAGGAACAAGCCAAGUUUGAAAAAAACUUUUGGAAAAACGUUAAAGUUGGUGAUAUCGUUAGAGUCCAUAAUAAUGAUGAAAUUCCAGCUGAUAUCAUUCUAUUAUCAACUUCAGAUGCAGAUGGUGCUUGUUAUGUGGAAACCAAGAAUUUAGAUGGUGAAACAAAUUUAAAAGUUCGUCAAGCAUUAAAAGCUGGUCAUCAAAUUAGACAUUCUCGUGAUAUUCAACGUUCAAAGUUUUGGGUAGAAAGUGAAGGUCCUCAUGCCAAUUUAUACAAUUACCAAGGUAACAUGAAAUGGUAUGGUGAAGAAUCUCAAAUCAGAAAUGAGCCAGUCACUAUAAAUAACUUGUUACUAAGAGGCUGUUCGUUAAGAAACACAAAAUGGGCUUUAGGGAUUGUUAUUUUCACAGGGAGUGAUACUAAAAUCAUGUUAAAUUCUGGUGAAACUCCAACUAAAAAAUCAAGAAUAUCAAGAGAAUUGAAUUGGGCUGUCUUGUACAAUUUCUUUUUAUUAUUCAUCUUGUGUUUUGUUUCAGGUUUAGUCAAUGGUAUUUCAUAUAAUGAAAAGAUUAAUUCAAGAAUACAGUUUGAAUUUGGUACUAUUGCUGGUUCACCUGUUGCUAAUGGUAUUGUUGGGUUCUUUGUUGCCUUGAUUUUAUAUCAAUCAUUAGUCCCAAUUUCACUUUAUAUCUCCAUUGAAAUUAUUAAAACUGCACAAGCAUAUUUCAUCUAUUCAGAUGUCAAUAUGUAUUAUGAAAAAUUGGAUUAUCCAUGUACUCCAAAAUCUUGGAAUAUUUCAGAUGAUUUAGGUCAAAUUGAAUAUAUUUUCAGUGAUAAGACUGGUACUUUAACUCAAAAUGUCAUGGAGUUCAAGAAAUGUACAAUCAAUGGUGUCAGUUAUGGUCGUGCUUAUACUGAGGCACUAGCAGGUUUAAGGAAAAGACAAGGUGUUGAUGUUGAUGAAGAAUCUGCUAGAGAAAAGAAAGAGAUUGCAAAAGAUAAAGAAGUUAUGGUUCAAAGCUUGUAUGCAAUGUCUCAAAAUUCUCAAUUAAGACCUGAAGAAAUCACUUUUGUCUCCAAAGAAUUUGUCGAUGAUUUGAAAGGUGCUAAAGGUGAAGAACAACAACGUGCAAAUGAACAUUUCAUGUUAUCUUUGGCUCUUUGUCAUUCUGUUCUUGCUGAAAAGGAUAAAAAUGAUGUUGGUAAGAUAUUGUUGAAAGCUCAAUCACCAGAUGAAGCUGCCUUAGUUGGUACUGCUAGAGAUAUUGGUUAUUCAUUCUUGGGUAGAACUAAAAAAGGUGUCAUUGUUGAAGUUCAAGGUGUUGAAAAAGAAUAUCAAAUACUUAAUGUCUUGGAAUUCAACUCUACAAGAAAGAGAAUGAGUGCAAUUAUCAAAAUCCCACCACAGGUUGAAGGUGAUGAACCAAAAGCACUAUUGAUUUGUAAGGGUGCUGAUUCUAUCAUUUAUUCAAGAUUGAAAGCUCAAAAUGAUGAAACGUUAUUGGAAAAAACUGCGUUACAUUUAGAACAAUACGCCACUGAAGGUUUAAGAACAUUGUGUAUUGCUCAAAGAGAACUAUCAUGGUCCCAGUAUACUGAAUGGAAUAAGAGACAUGAAGUUGCAAGUGCUGCCUUGGUUAGAAGAGAAGAAAAAAUGGAAGAAGUUGCAGACUCCAUUGAAAGAGAAAUGGUGUUGUUAGGUGGUACUGCCAUUGAAGAUAGAUUACAAGAUGGUGUUCCAGAUGCAAUUGCCGUUUUGGCACAAGCUGGUAUCAAAUUGUGGGUCUUGACAGGUGAUAAAGUCGAAACUGCCAUCAAUAUUGGGUUUUCAUGUAACUUGUUGGGAAAUGAUAUGGAACUGUUAGUUUUGAAAACAACAGGGGUUGAUGUUGAAAAAAUCUCUGAUGAUCCAAGAGUUAUUGUUUCAACUUUGUUAUCAAAAUAUUUGGAUGAAAAAUUCAAUAUGCAAGGUACUUGGGAUGAAGUUGAAGAAGCCAAGUCAGUCCAUGAACCUCCACAAGGAAACUAUGGUGUUGUCAUUGAUGGUGAUGCAUUAAAAUUGGCAUUACAAGGUGAUAAUAUGAUCAAGUUUUUGCUACUCUGUAAACAGUGUAAGGCUGUUUUAUGUUGCAGAGUUUCGCCUGCUCAAAAAGCUGCUGUUGUUAAGAUGGUUAAAGAAAGUUUGGAUGUUAUGACUUUAGCCAUCGGUGAUGGUUCAAAUGAUGUUGCUAUGAUUCAAUCUGCAGAUAUUGGUGUCGGUAUUGCGGGUGAAGAAGGUAGACAAGCUGUCAUGUCUUCGGAUUAUGCAUUUGGUCAAUUUAGAUACUUGGCAAGAUUGAUUUUAGUUCAUGGACGUUGGUCAUACAAGAGAUUGGCUGAAAUGAUUCCAACUUUCUUUUAUAAGAAUGUUAUUUUCUCAUUAGCCUUGUUUUGGUAUGGUAUUUUUAAUCAGUUUGAUGGUACCUAUUUGUUUGAAUAUACCUAUUUGAUGUUUUAUAAUUUGGCAUUCACUUCGUUGCCAGUUAUUUUCAUGGGUAUUUUUGAUCAAGAUGUUACUGAUGUUGUUUCACUAUUGGUUCCUCAAUUAUACACUACAGGUAUCCAUAGAUCAGAAUGGACAAUGUAUAAAUUCUGGUGGUAUAUGGCUGAUGGGUUAUAUCAAUCUGUUAUUUCAUUUUUCUUCCCAUAUUGUUUAUACUAUAAAACUGGGCUCGUUACUUUUAAUGGGUUGAAUUUGGAUCAUCGUUAUUGGCAAGGUACUUUUGUUGCUUCAAUUGCUGCCAUUUCAUGUAAUUUAUACAUUUUGAUUCAUUUGUACACAUGGGAUUGGUUUUCAUUAUUAUUCAUUGGUUUAUCAAUCAUUAUUGUUUUUGCAUGGACUGGUAUUUGGAGUUCUUCUUUAACAUCGGCUGAAUAUUAUAAAGCUGGUGCACAAGUUUAUGGUUCUACUUCAUACUGGGCUUGUCUAUUUGUUGGUAUUUUGAUUUGUUUGCUACCAAGAUUUCUUUAUGAUGUUAUUCAAAAAUUCUUUUAUCCAAAAGAUGUUGAUAUUAUUAGAGAAUGUGUUGACAGAGGUGAUUUUACUCAGUAUCCAGCAAACUAUGACCCAACAGAUCCUGAAAGACCAAAAAUUUCCAAAUACUCUGCAGAUUACUCAGUUGAAAAUCAAAUUGUUUCACCAUCUUCUCCAAUUUCUUCAAGACAUAAAAAUUCAUCAGUAUUUAAGAAACAUAGAAAAUCACACUCUAAUAGAUCCAAUGAUUAUCCAAUCAAUUAUGAUGAAGAACUAGACACUGAAGAAAUUUCAAUGCAAUUUGUUGAUGCACAGGGUACACCAAGAUUUCAACAACAUGACCAUUUCAAUAAUAUUGAUGAAGUUAAUGAAAAUGUUCAAGAUUUUGUACCAAGAACUUCAUUAGACAGAACAAGAUUAUCAAUGUUGAGAGAUAGACAGUUGGGAGAUGGCAGAGUUUCUGUGGAGAAUGCUAGAACUUCGCUUGAUUUACCGGGUUUAACCAAAGCAGAAACAUUAAUGAGUAACAGAAGUAAUCAAUGAUUUAUUUCUUUAAAACAAAAGGACCAAACUAUUUUAGUUCACACACACCAAGGGAUUGUACAUUACACAUUUUUUAUUAUUAUUUUUUAUUAUUUUCACA